CAGAGACUCAGAGGUUCCACAUCUUGAACGUUCGAACCCUUCGUCUCCCUAGUUCUUGUAUCAUUAUCAUCAUUUUCAAGUCAACUAUGGACGGCUGGAACAAAUUCCAAUCGAGUCUUUCCGGCCUAAACCUGGGGCAGUCCGCAAACAAGUUUGCAAAGGGCUUCAACUCCAGUGUUCAGGCAACCAGGGAGCGUUUAGGUCAAGUUGCCCCAGACGAAAUUACGGAGUUGCCGCAAGAGUACAAGGAUUUGGAGGCUCGCGUAGACGCGUUGCGUCAGGCACACCUAGCACUUCUCAAAGUAACCAAGGCCUAUGAGAAUGAGUCGUAUGACUACCCGACCCAAAUUCAAGAGUCUAUUACUGAACUCUCGACCACCAUUGGCCAUGGUAUUACAAACUUCGCUGCUACAAACCUGAAGGGCACCAAUCUUCCUACGCCCUCACCUGUUGCCCCGCAAGUUUCCCAACACAAGACUCUCCCUCAUGCUCUCUGUCGCGCUGCGACUAACGCCGCCGCCGCCAUGCAACGCACCCCUGCUGGUGAUGAAGAUAAACUCGGUAAAGCACUAACCGUGUACGCAGAUGUUUUCGACAACAUUGCAUCAGCUCGCGUUGAGCAAGACGAAUCGAUUCAGGCCCAAUACCUCCGCCCGUGGCAGACGACGCUUUCAACGUCUAUUAACGUCGCAAUGAAAGCACGCCAAGCCGUUCGCGUCAGCAGACUUGAGUUGGAUGCCGCUAAGCAGACUCUGAAAACUACGAGUCCUGCUAAGCAAGAGCAGGCAAGGCUUGAUGUCGAGAACGCAGAGGACGAUCUCGUUCAGAAGACUGAGGUUGCCAUUACCCUCAUGAAGACAGUUCUUGAGAAUCCGGAACCUCUGAAGAAUCUCAAUGAACUUGUGAAAGCUCAGCUGCUUUACUUUGCAGCAGCAGCUGAAGCUCUCUCUUCCGCACAAGGCGAAAUUGAAGAGCUCAGCGUCGCCGCGGAGGGAGAAUAUAGGAAGUCCCGUGACCACUGAAUUACCCUUACAUCAGAUUCAUGACAUGUCGCAUGUACAUUCUCUGGUUAGGUAGUUUUAUAUUUAGCGCUACUGGUGUCCUUGUACGUCUCCGUAUCGCAACACUAUGCACAAACUGGCUUUGGACGUCAUACUAGAGGUGUACUCGACUAAUCAAUGAUUGAACUAGUCAUUCAGACGGCGUCUAAACUUUUCCUUUUCCUGCCCCUUCUCCUAGUUCUUAUUAUUUACAAUUUACAAGCGUGAUUUACUCAUGUGAUGCAUACAUCCGAUCAAGGUA